CGACACUUGAACAUCUUGGAAACCACGUGUACUUGAACGCGGGAUUCAAUUUCUUUUCGCGGAAAUGCUUAAAAAAACGGACAACCGUUUCACAAUUAACGCAGGUUUAUUACAGGCACAAAUAAGAGAAACAUGCAUUACCUUUCCGACUUCCUUUUUAUGCACAAAAACAAAUUUUAAUCGCGGCUUUCAUCAUGGUUUCCCUUCCCUAUGAUUCAUUUUCCCCCAGCAGGCAAUAAGUAAAUGCUAUGAAAAAGUCAUGAAAGGUUGUUGCGGAAAUAGAAUCAUCUGCUUGCUCCGUGCAUUGGAUGGAAUUUUAUGCUUCAGAGUUCCAGUAUUUUGGCGAAUCCUAGGAGGCAUGCUAGGUGUUCUAGGACUUAUUUACGGAGUGAUCAAUCUCAUGUGCGCUUGGCAAGAUUACACUGGAGGGAAUUGCAAGGGCACGGUGGCACAGAUGGUCCAAUGCGAUUCAGCUGGACGAUUCUCUAUGCUCUAUUCGAUCUCGGCAUUGCUUCUGAUUUUCGGCGCAUUCCUGAACGCAUGGCCACUUUUCCCACCAUUCAUAAUCGGAACCGUGAUCAUAAUCGCGUACAUCAUUUCUUGGGACGCCUUGGUAUUUUGCCGAUUCGCCCUGCGUCAGCUAAACACUGCGUCCAUCGUACUCAUGGUGUUGCUCAUACUAUCCGCCAUAUUGUACACGUUGACUGCGCUUCGUUGCUGCGGGCUCGCGGCCCCGACGGGUUGCAGCCCACCCAGGGAUUCCGAUCCCCAGUGUUGUCCGCCAGAGGACACACCCUGUCCACAGCAGCCAGCAUGCGUUGAACCCACUGAGGCUGCGCCUGCUGCAGAACCGUGUUGCUGUCAGCAGCAGCCCUGCAGUGGUGAGCAUCAGCAGCAUGAAUCAUCUCAAGUGGCUACUGAGCAGCAGCCGUGUCCUGCCAAGCAUGCAACCAUGCGGCAAUGGCUGCUGCAGUUGAGCAUGUGGAAGCUCGUGGGCAGCAAGGGAGCAACUUCGUCGUUCAUGAGGGACAGCAAUGACAGUCAUCAUCGACGCAUCGACCCACCAUUGGGUGAAUUGAUUUUAUUUCUUAUUUUUUACUAUAAGCAGCGAAGACUGUCAGGAAAAAUUCGAGUUUCAGAAGAAGAAGUUGCCCAUUUAGACUGUGGGGCACAGAGGGCACGUCCCAUGAAACAAGUAAAAUACGCGCAAUUGUUAUAG